CAGGUGGAUGGUGACUCCUUGAGUGGUAUUUGCUUCGUGGGUUACCAGAACCAUGAAUAUCGUGCUGGGUUCCUGCUGGCACCAGUAGCCGUGGUAUUAGCCAGCGGGCUGUGGUUCCUGGGCAAUGGAAUGUUCACCUUGGUGAAGAUACAGAUUGACAACCCAGACAUCCUCAGUAGCAGGGCCUCCACCAAGAUCAAGGAGACAAUAGUCCGACUAGGAAUUUUUGCCUUUCUUGCCCUUGGGUUUGUGUUCAUCACAUUUGCCUGCCACGUGUACGAGUUCUCCAACCAUGCAGAGUGGGAGCAGAGUUUCAGAGAUUACAUCAGGUGUGAGGCAAACGUGACAAUAGCAGAGCAGCUGUCCAACCAGCCCAUCCCGGAGUGCUCCAUGAAGAGUCGGCCAAGUCUCAUCAUCAUGGAGAUUCACUUGUUCGCCUUCUUUGGUGCAGGUAUUACAAUGAGUACCUGGGUCUGGACUAAAGCCACCUUUGCAACCUGGAAGAGAUUCUGGAAGAGGAUCACAGGAAAGGCAGGUGAUGAGCCCAGAAGGUUACAUAAAACCAGGAUGAUAGCCAAGGCUUUUGCCCGACGAAGAGAACUGCAAGAUGGUGACCAGGCUGAGCGCCUGUCCUACAGCUUCCAGACAGUCUCCCAUGAUGACCCUGUCGGGAUAAACCUGAACCUGGAUAAGGAAGAAGACCAGGAGCAGCCGAGUGACUCCAAUGAGAAACCUCAGAACUUUGCCAAAGCUGUGCCCAAGCUGGUGGCCCGGAGAGGAGCCAUCGUACCCCGCAUGCCACAGGCACUGGCAGGUAGGACUUUUCUUUUGUUUUUACGAUAUUGGAAUAAGUUCACUAGUCAUUGCCUUUUUACCUUGUACAAUGUAUGAUAUCUAAUAUUAUGCAAUGUCAUUUAUACAUUAAUAUAUCAAUGUUUGAUACGACACUUGGCACAAUAAUGAACUAUUUAAAGACCAAGAAGUGUGCAAAGUUUGAAUCCUCUCAGUAGCUGACUUUUAUCGGCCCACCCUUGUUCCAGGACGCUGACGACCGCUCUCAUACCUGACUUCACCCCAGGAAUGAAAAAAGAAAAACUGAUUGGAUUUCAAAAGUGAAAAUAGGCAUGUGACUUAACGAGGAAUGUAGCUUGAUACGUUGGCAGGUUCAUUUUUUUCCAAAGCUACAUGUGAGUUAUGGAUAUCAAUAAUUACACGUAAAUUGAGCCU